AUGGCAAACAAAAUUGGAAGUUCGUACAGUCGAUACGACCAACUUUCACGACGACAACAACAACAACUGAACAAUCAGCAUGAACAUAACCAUCUGCAACAACAAUCUCAACUUUAUGGUUAUUAUCACCGUCAACGAGAGCAUCAACAAAAUCAACAUUCGUCAACAUCAGCAAUAUCAGCCACAUCAACCACAGCCACAUCAACCACAGCCACCAUAUACGUCUGCAGCCGACACACGCUGAACAUCCACUGCCCACAUAAUGAUGACCAACUUGUUUUUAUUUCCGCAACACUCGGCCUCAACAACAGUGAAGUUGCCAUCUACUGCGGGGUUAAAUACAACUUUAACUGCGAUACUGAUAUUCAUUUCCGUUUGAAUGGUUUGUGUUCCGGAAAUAGUUUCUGUCAACUUCCGGUUAGCGAGAAGUUGUUUGGGAAUGCAUGCGGUCUUCAUGAGUUCAUGCUCCUUCAAUAUCGAUGCUUUCAAAAAAAAGAAAUUAUCAACAUAUGUCACGGAGAACAAUUAUUAAAAUCUUCAACGUCAUCAUCAUCAUCGUUGUCAUCAUCAUCUUCAUCAUCUCCUUCAAUAUCAUCAUCAUCAUCACUCACAUCUCCGCCAUAUUUGGAGCUGUCAAAAAAUUCUUACUUCAUCCUGACGACAAAACCAGAUUUGAAAAGCAUAAUGGGUGAAACAGAAACUUUUAGGUCAUCGUUGUCGUCGUCAUCAUCAUCAUUUUUUUCUUCAUCCGUUUCCUCAUUUUUGCUUGAAUCACCCUCAUCGUCCUCUUCUUCGAAUUUACUUCUUCCACAGCCUUUCCAGUCAUCGUCAUCAUCAUCAUCGUCAUUAGCUUCUUCACCACAAAGAAAACAUCGCGAUGUAAAAACAACAAGUGAUCACAAAAACGAAAACUUCAGAAGUUCAACCAAAUUGUCAACAAACCACAUUUCUCACAACCCCAACCACCUAAACAACAAUAUCAAUAACAACCUCAACAACAACAACCACAACCACAACAACAACCACAAAAACAACAACCACAACAACAACAACCACAACAACAAGAGCAGUAGGAGCAACUCCAACAAAAACAUUCUCAAUCUUAACAACGACAACAUCCUAGCAGCCAUAAUAAGUCCGAACUACCCUUCAAAGUACACAAGAGACAGUCACUGCACACGAACCAUCUCACUGAAUCCCUGGCAGUACAUUCAAAUAACGGUUCCUGAUUUUGAACUAGACGUUAAAAGAUCCGGCAAAUGUUUCGACGUAGUGGAAGUUAGAACAAGCAAGGAUGUGCUCUUCAGCGAAUGUGGACCCCUCGGUAAACAAAUUGUUUUAGUUCCUGACUUUCGAGCAGAGGUUACGAUGGUCACAGCAGAAACAACAAUGGCCUCACGUGGAUUUGUCAUGUUCUAUGAAGGUGUGUCUCUACACAAGUUUCAUUCUUCAUCAUUUUUUGUUCGUCAACCCUUCCUCUCACACUUUCCCAUACUCUGGUAUCUUAUUAUCAUGCAUCUAACAUCUUUGGCGCGUGUCGGGAGAUAA